GCGCGAGAAAGUUCUGAGGGGAAGAGGGAGGGCGCUCUCCCCUCGGCCGCCCUCAGUCUGAGUGCGAAAUCAAGGAAGAGCCUUGUGGCAUCUUAGACCCACGCAAUGUUGUUGACGGACAUCAGAUUCCGUGGAUUGGCAUCUGUUUCGUCAGAGUGCAAUCAUAUGCCAGUUUGAUCAGCUGUAACAACAACAACAACAAUUAAAACAACACAUAUCCCCCCUCUUCCAAAGGAACCCAGGGCAGCAGGCAGACAGGUGAUACAAACGUCUGAAAGCAUCUUUCAGAACAAUUCCAGUACAGAUGCAAGACUGGGAAAUAUCUCUACUUAAAAGGCUUGCUAGAAAAAGGAGAUUUUCAGUUGGUGGCAAAAUGACGAAGAGGUGGUGCCUUAAGUUCCAGGUGAGGCCUACUCACAGACCAGUAUCGUGAGCAUGGUGUACACGCAGUCUGAGAUUCUGCAGAAGGAGGUGUACCUCUUUGAGCGCAUCGAUUCAGCCAACCGGGAGAACAUGAAGCACCUGAAAGCCAUCUGCUUCCUGCGACCCACCAAGGAAAACGUGGAUUACCUCAUCCAGGAGCUGCGGCGUCCGAAGUACAGCACCUAUUUUAUUUAUUUCAGCAACGUCAUCAGCAAAAGCAACGUCAAGUCUCUGGCCGAGGCCGACGAGCAGGAAGUUGUCGCAGAAGUCCAGGAAUUCUACGGAGACUACAUCGCCGUGAACCCGCACGUGUUCUCUCUCAACAUCUCUGUCUGCUGUCAGGGCCACAGCUGGGACCAGGCUCAGCUCUCCAGGACCACCCAAGGCUUGACCGCCCUGCUCCUGUCCCUCAAAAAAUGCCCAAUGAUCCGCUACCAGCUCUCUUCUGAACCAGCCAAGAGGCUGGCAGAGUGCGUCAAGCAAGUGAUCACGAAAGAGUAUGAGCUUUUUGACUUCCGUCGCACCGAAGUUCCUCCGUUGCUGCUGCUCCUGGACCGCUCAGAUGACGCCAUCACUCCGCUCCUGAACCAGUGGACGUAUCAGGCAAUGGUCCACGAGCUGCUUGGGAUUAACAACAACCGCAUCGAUCUCUCGCGAGUCCCGGGCAUAAGUAAGGACCUCCGGGAGGUGGUCUUGUCGGCUGAGAACGACGAGUUUUACGCCAACAACAUGUACCUAAACUUUGCGGAAAUCGGCAGCAACAUCAAGAACCUGAUGGAAGACUUCCAGCGGAGGAAGCCCAAGGAGCAGCAGAAGCUGGAAUCCAUCGCAGACAUGAAGGCCUUUGUGGAGAACUACCCUCAGUUCAAGAAGAUGUCCGGCACCGUUUCCAAGCAUGUCACGGUGGUGGGGGAGCUGUCUCGGCUGGUGAGCGAGAGGAACUUGCUGGAGGCCUCGGAGGUGGAGCAGGAGCUCGCCUGCCAGAACGAUCACUCCAGCGCUUUGCAGAACAUCCGCCGGCUCUUGCAGAACCCUAAAGUGAGCGAGCUGGAUGCCACCCGCCUGGUGAUGCUAUAUGCCCUUCACUACGAGAGACACAGCAGCAACAGCCUCCCGGGACUCAUGACAGAGCUGAGGAACCGAGGGGUCUCCGAGAAGCACCGGAAGCUGGUGUCGGCCAUCGUAGAAUAUGGAGGGAAGCGUGUUCGCGGAAGCGACCUCUUCAGCUCCAAAGAUGCUGUGGCCAUCACCAAGCAGUUCCUCAAAGGACUAAAGGGCGUUGAAAACGUCUAUACCCAGCACCAGCCGUUGCUGCAUGAGACUCUUGACCAGCUCAUCAAGGGCAAACUGAAAGACAACCAGUACCCCUACCUUGGUCCCAGCACCCUCCGCGACAGGCCUCAAGACAUCAUUGUGUUCAUGAUUGGAGGAGCCACGUACGAGGAGGCGCUGACCGUUUACAACUUGAACCGCACAACCCCCGGGGUCCGGAUCGUGCUGGGCGGGACCACCAUCCACAACACAAAGAGCUUCCUAGAAGAGGUCUCGGCUUCCGGCUUCCGCGGACGAGGCACGGACAGCUCCCAGGGGCCGGCGAGGGCAGCAUCCAGGAGGCUGAACUGAUGGCCCCUUUUUCGUCAUUUCUGACCGACCAUUCCAGGCUAUUUACCAUCUGUUGUCCGUUGACACCCGCGAACUCACCCACCUGAAACUCCAGAAAAGCACUUUAGCAGACCAUGCUUACCUGUUGCCGAAAAGUAUGGGGCAGGCACGCUCUCUCCUUACAGGACCAAGCCAUGGGGUCCUUUCCCCCCACCCCAAAAGGCUCAAUCGAGAUCUUAAGGAGAAAGAGAAGGACCCUUUCCCCCCACCCUAAAAGGCUCAAUCGAGAUCUUAAGGAGAAAGAGAAGGACCCUUUCCACCCCACCCCCCAGCUCUCACAUUGCAUGAGAGUGGUUUGCCUCUUUUCCAGACUUAUUUACCUUCUCCCCCACCCCCACCCUGUGCCCCAGAAUAACCCACCCCCAGAGAAAAAUGGCGUUGGCCCCAAUAAAAGGAAGUUGCAAUUCUUCUACCAGAGAGCGUUGCUGUUUCCCCCCCUGCUUUCGACGGAGGAGUAGAUAAGAUCAUAGAAUCACAGUUGGGACCCCAGGGAUCAUCUAGUCCAGAGGUCAGCAGGGGGCCAGUCCACUGUCCCUCAGACCUUAUGGGGGGCCGGACUAUAUUUUUUUUUGGGGGGGGGAGAAUGAAUGAAUUCCUAUGCCCCACAAAUAACCCAGAGAUGCAUUCUAAAUAAAAGGACACAUUCUACUCAUGUAAAAACACGCUGAUUCCUGGACUGUCCACAGGCUGGAUUGAGAAGGCGAUUGGGCCGGAUCCGACCCCCGGCUCUUAGUUUGCCUACCCAUGAUCUAGUCCAACCCCCUGUGAUGUGGGAAUGCGUAGCUGUUCCAUAUGGGAACCGAACCUGCAACCUUGGCGUUCUCAGCACCAGGCUUGCAGGGAAGAGGGGUUCUGAUGUUUUAGGGAGGGCAGGGACAACCUUUGGGGGUCCUCCAGAUGUUUCCGGACUCCUAGCCCAUCAUUCUCCCUGACCAUUGACUGUGACGGUUGCAAGGGCUGAUGGGAGUUGGAAUCAGGCCCAUCCAGGCCAGCACCCUGUUCCCACAGUUGUCCCCCCCAGAUGCAUCCCUCCCUCCUGUUGUUCCCGGCUACGGGUCUUAUUCAGAGGCGAGCGGCUUCCCUCGGGGACUCAUCUGGCCAGGCCAGGUCAAAGGCUGGGGCUUACCAUUGUCCUUGGAGACUGCAGCCAUCGAUAGCUGCGACCCUGCUUUCGAAUCUGCCUUAUCAAGGAGCCUUGGGGGAUGACACAGUGGGCGUCCCCUGCGUAGCUGCUUAUUUAGUUUGCUUUCCUCUAAGGAGGGAGGGGUAGUCAGAGCUGAGGCCAUUCGCUUGAGUGCGGUCAUAACACAAGAGCGGGACAGGAAACAGAAAGUCCUCCUUCACGCAGCGCAGAGUUAAACUGUGGAACUCUCUCCCACAGGAGGCAGUGAUGGCCGCCAGCUUAGAAGCCUUGAAAAGAGUAUUAGGCAAAUUUGUGGAGGGGGAAAGAGUUAUCAAUGGUGGUGGUGGUUAAUAAUAAUAAUAAUAAUAAUAAU